UAAAUAAAUUACGAGUCAAAUUCGAUACGAAACCGUUGACGGGAGUCAAAUUUUGUCAUUUUCUGCCUGAAAAGGAAUAUUCCGGCGAAUGUUGGGUCUGAUUGGCGCGAGUAAUAAAGCAAUUGAAGCAGCAUUCUUGCAUACGAUCAUACAGAUAUAGCAUAGCCAAUCAACUGAAGUAAAAAUGCAAAUGGAUACUGUUCGAUUCGACCGGAUCAUCGAGGAAAUAGAUUCCAACGCCGAGCGGCUUCAAGGAUCCGAUGAUGGUGAAAUUUCACAUUUGGCUAUCGAUAUUGGAGGUUCACUCAUCAAGAUGGUCUAUGUUUCAAGCAACAAUCAUUGCUCAACUAAUGAUCAGCAAGGGCAAUUGUCAAAUGAAACAGUGUCUAUACUGAACGGCAACUGGAACCAUUCUGCUUUGUGUGGCAGUCUUCACUUUGUCAAGUUUGAAACAAGAAUGAUCAGCAAAUGCAUCAAAUUUUUGUCUUCUAAGAAGCUUCAAUACCCUGGUGGUCGAUGUCAUGAACUUCACACCAAUGAGAAGAUUAUCAUUAAGGCAACAGGUGGAGGUGCAUUCAAAUUUGCUGAUCUGUUCAAAGAAAAGCUAGGAAUUACUCUAGACAAAGUGGAUGAAAUGGAUUGUCUUGUUGCUGGAGCAAAUUUUCUGCUUGAGUCUGUUCACCAAGAAGCUUUUACAUACAUGGAUGGGAAGAAGGAAUACCAGCAGAUUGAUCAAAAUGAUCUUUACCCUUACCUCCUUGUCAAUAUUGGGUCAGGAGUUAGCAUGAUCAAGGUGGAUGGAGAAAACAAGUUUGAGCGAGUAAGCGGAACCAGUAUUGGUGGUGGCACUUUUUGGGGCUUAGGAAAGCUUUUGACCAAGUGCAAUAGUUUUGAUGAGUUGCUGGAACUGAGUCAUCGAGGAAACAACAGAGUUAUAGAUAUGCUUGUAGGAGACAUUUAUGGAACUGACUAUUCAAAGAUUGGCCUUGCCUCAACAGCUAUUGCUUCUAGCUUUGGCAAAGCAAUCUCAGAAAAUAAAGAGCUAGAAGAAUGGAAACCAGAAGAUAUUGCACGUUCUCUGCUGAGAAUGAUUUCAAAUAACAUUGGUCAGAUUGCAUACCUUAAUGCGCUCCGCUAUGGACUGAAAAGAAUAUUUUUUGGAGGGUUUUUCAUCCGGGGCCAUGCUUAUACAAUGGACACAAUUUCUGUGGCAGUUGAUUUCUGGUCAAAAUCAGAGAUGAAAGCAAUGUUUUUGCUGCAUGAAGGAUUUCUGGGACCGGUAGGGGCUUUCAUGAAUUACAAAAAAGAUGACCUGUCUGAGCUGAUGGCAGAUCAGCUAAAAACAGAAAACCAUCCAAGAACAUCAUGCGGUGAAGAUCGACUGCAGACCUCAUCUUCAGUGGAUCAGAAGGUAACAGAGCAAUCGAUCUGA